GGCACGUCAUUGUAAACAUCACGCCAAGUGGAACGAAGAAGAACGAUCCCGGAAAUUCAUCUCCAUCAGUAAAGACUUCAGGAUAGAAAGCCAAAUCAUUUUAUGUAAAAAAUGGCUUUUGUGUCCGGCAGUGAUGAUUUAUUUGACUCCAUUAUCAUGGCCGAUGACAGGUUUCAUGAUGAAGGGUAUCAGGAAGGGUUUGAGGAGGGAACUCGACAGGGAACCAUCGAGGGGAGGAAUCACGGGCUGCUACACGGAGCCAAACUCGGUGCAGAGGUUUCUUUUUAUUAUGGAUUUGCCAUUGGAUGGAAGUAUCUCCUUCAAAACAGUAGUGAUGUUAAAGCUAGAAAAAGGCUGAAAGCUAUGGAAUCUUUGAUUGGAUUGAUCCAGAACUUCCCAUAUGAGAACCCUAUGUAUGAGAAACUUCAAGAGGACAUGGAAAGGGUGCGUUCCAAGUUUAGACAGGUGUGUUCUUUACUAAACGUGGCAACAGACUUUCAAGAAUAUAUAAGAGGAUCAACAGGAAUGUCCUUCUGAGACGACAGGAGCAUUACAGCAGCCAUGGCAAACUUGGAGUGCCUCAGAGGCGUCCUGUGAGCACACCAUGAUGAUCUUCUGCAGACAAACAGUCUUGAUGAGAGGGUUUGUGGUGUUCACAUGCAGUGCGUAUAAGAGUGGACUGUUAUCACUCUCGCUGGACUUGUUAGGCAGAAUUCUGAAACAGUUUUUUCAACUGAAUUCUAAAAAAACAUGGAGUGGAAAAGUUUCAGUGGUAUUCUUAGGCGUUGAGAGUUUUAAAGUGAGAUAAACAGGGGAGAAAUGCCAGUGGCAGUAAAAUGAGUUUAUCAGAUAUAACCAUGUUCAUAAGAAUAUUCUAUCGCCUAAGAUGAUUUUUAACAAUUUUUAUGGGCAAAAAUAUUUUAUAGACAGCUUUUUAAAAGACAGUAUACACCAUCUUGUGGUGAAAUUGGGAGAAUGGUUCUUGCCGUAAGGUGGCACCGCCUGCUGGUAAACUGCAAGUACUGCAGGACUGUUACUUCUGACAGUAGAAUCAAUUAAAAGCAAUAAUGAAAUGGCUAUAAGCAGCACAGACGGUUUUGCAAGAGAUGUUUUACAAGUUUUGAUGCUUAAAAUGCUUUAUUGCUUCAUUUCAGAUGAAAAUAAAUGAUAAAUGUACAUUAUGAUGAUUCGUAGCGGUCUAAAUUAUGUUCC